AUGACAGAAAUAAACAAAUAUGAGACCAUUAUAACAAUUCUAAAAAAUCUUAACAAUCCAUAAUUUGCUUCUCAAUAUGAACAACAACUCAAUCGUCUCCCCUUCUUUAACUUUUAUAAAUAGGUCUUAAAAACAGACUAAUUCACUCAAAGUGCAAUUAAGUAUAUUUAACUUCUCUAUCUAAAAAAAGGAUAAAUUUAUAAGCAUUAAAGUAAGUUAUCUAUUUAUUUAAUAAAGCUGAUUCAAUUGAAAGUGUAUUUAUAUUACUUGAAGGAACAUUGUCAUUGAUUUAAAAUGAUUAAAAGAAAUCGAAAAUUGUAACAAAAGUACAACCAUCAGAACAUCUUUUUUAAGAAGACAUCUAUAAAAAAGCUCCUAUUUCUAAAUAUAAAAUAAUGGCUUUAACAGAUUGCACAGCUAUUUCAUUAAGUUUUAUUUCAAUUCAUGAGGUGUAUCAACAUUUUUAAAACUUAGAUAUCAGUUUAUGGAUUCUAAUUUGCUAAAUAUAAGGAAGAAGUGGAAUAUUUUAGAAUAUAAUUUCCAGAUGUUAAACCAAUUGAAUUUAUUCCAUUUAUAAAGAAAUUGAAGAAAGAAAAUUUUUUGAAUAAUGUAAAAAUUUAUUCAGCGAAUCAAUAAGCUAAUAAAGUUUAUUUUAUAAUCUCUGGAGAAGUUGAAGUAAUUUAUAUAUAUUAUAGUAUUUGAAGAUUUAUGCUGAAAAUGAAGAUGGCAAAUUUUAAAGAGUUACAAUUGCAUGCGAUAAUGAUAGUUUUGGUGAAGAAGCUUUAUCAAUAUCUAUUUCUAGAGUAUAUAAAUAUACAGCAAAAACAUAAUAUUUUAAGAAAACUAUUGCAUUUGUUUUUGAAGUAAAUAUUUAAUUGUUUAAGGUUGAUGAUUAUUGCCAUACAUAUGCUCCUAAUCUUAUUAAAUAAUUAGAAGAUAAAAUGAGACUUAAAGAAAAUCUUAUACUAUAGAAAAUAAAAUAAACAUAAACAUAGACAAAUACUUUGCCUACAAUAAUAAAUUCAUCGCUGAAAAAACCUUUUGAAUAGUAAAGUCAUGUAUAUAUCAAUCAGAUUCUUACAUAUUGCAUCACCAAGGUCAAAAGCUUCGUCUAUAAAAAUAAACAGAGCAAUUAGUUUUAAUGAUGGAGGAUUGUUUAAUUUUAUGGAACUCAAUAACCCAGGUAAAAAUCAUUUGAGACUAUUCGAAUAACAUGUGAAUAGAUAAUUAAUUAAAGAGUAAUAUGAAGAAUAGCAUGGUAAUUAAUCGAGAGAUAGAACUAAAUCUGUUUAAUUCUAAAAAAUAUGGAAUAUUAGCUCAGAUUCUCAAAAACUCCCUCGAAUUAAAUAACAUUGA